AUGUCAGCUCCAUCAACUGCUACUCAGAAUUUGAAAAAUUUAAAAGCUGCUGCGCCACAGUCGGUAGUUGGUGCUGAUCAUGCGCCACAUGUCAAUCCAAAUUACCCAUUUACUUUGUCCAAGAACUCGAGCUUGGGAGACUACUUGCAGGCCAACCGGUUGAACACUGAGAAGCUCAACAAGUCCCAUCCGGAAAUCUUGCCAUUAUCCGGCCAAGGACAGCAACCGCAUACUCUUUGGAUUGGUUGCUCAGAUUCCAGAAUUAACGAAUGCCAGGCUUUGGGAUGUUUACCUGGUGAAAUCUUCACUUUGAGAAACAUUGCCAAUGUCAUUUCUUCUACGGAUAUCUCAUCAAUGUCUGCGCUGCAAUUUGCAAUUGAAGUUCUAAAAGUGAAGAAAAUCAUUGUAUGUGGACACACCGACUGUGGUGGCGUUUGGGCCUCGCUUUCAAACAAAAAGGCGGGUGGUGUCUUGGACACAUGGUUGUCUGCAGUGAGACACGUUAGAGCCCAGCAUUUGGACGAAUUGAGAGAAAUUGAAGACAUUAAUGAUAAGUGUAGACGCCUUGUGGAGUUGAACAUUCUCAACUCCAUCAACACCAUCAAGAAGAACCCUUCAUUUGUUGAAUACCAUGCAAGGGGCGACAUUGAACUGUAUGCUCUCAUCUAUGACGUGAAAACUGGUUACUUGAACGAAAUCCCUCUUGAAGACGACACAUAUGCCGAAGUGUUCCAUUUACAUGACAACGACGGCGAACCAGUUCACUAG